GAGAGAGAGAGAGAGAGAGAGAGAGGGGCUUUAAAGAGGCAACAGAAACAUUUGCUCGGUACCGGCGAGAUUGACCUGGAAAACCAACAAGUCCUCUGUUCGACGGCGACGAUGAUAGCAUACCUUGAGCGUUUCGUACACGGGAACGACGUCGAAUCGAGGCAAGCCGACGAGGAAGACGACUGUUCCAGCCUCUGCGACGCGCUGGACCUCCAAGGCAGUAUCGACUGCGUGGCUACCGGCUUAGCCGGUAAGGAUUUCGGCGGCGUGUAUUCCUUCAAGCCCUUGGGCUUUGUCAAACCGGCCAACAGCGAUGACGUGGCCAGGGUGGUCAAAGCGGCUCUGCGGUCAUCGAAUCUGACGGUGGCCGCAAGGGGCAACGGCCACUCCAUCAACGGGCAGGCGAUGGCUGAUAGGGGACUCGUCAUGGAUAUGCGUUCCAUGGAGGACCAUUUCCAAGUGGUGCGGAUUAAUGGGACGCCCUACGCCGAUGUGUCCGGAGGGGCAUUAUGGGAAGAUGUCCUAAAACGGUGCGUCUUGGACUUCGGGCUUGCUCCGAGGUCGUGGACUGAUUACCUAAGUUUGACGGUGGGCGGGACGUUAUCGAAUGCCGGCGUCAGCGGCCAGGCCUUCCGUUACGGUCCACAAACGUCGAACGUAGCAGAAUUAGAGGUCGUCACGGGCAAAGGCGAUAUUAUAAUUUGCUCGGAGGCCCAGAACCCUCAACUCUUCUUUGCGGCUCUUGGCGGUCUCGGCCAGUUCGGCAUCAUUACCAGAGCUAAGGUCGAGCUACAGCCGGCACCGGACAAGGUGAGAUGGAUACGGGUGGUGUACACUGAGUUUGAGGAAUUCAGUCGCGACGCCGAGUUGCUGGUGACUCGGCAAGAGAACGACUCGUUUGAUUACGUGGAGGGUUUCGUUUUCCUGAACAGUGAUGACCCAUCCAAUGGUUGGCCCUCAGUGCCGUUGGAUCCGCAGCAGGCGCCGUUCGAUCCAUCUCGAAUUCCGGCGACCGCUGGCUCCGUUCUCUACUGUCUCGAAGUGGCUCUGCACUACCGAGACACUGACCACCCCUCAACUGUUGAUGCGGUUGUAAACAGGUUGCUUGGACGGCUAGGAUUUCUUAGACAUUUAAAGUUCGAGAUGGACUUGAACUACAUGGAGUUUCUAUUACGUGUGAAACAAGCAGAGGAACACGCCAAAGCCAACGGUGAUUGGGAUGCGCCGCACCCGUGGCUAAACUUGUUCGUAUCAAAGUCCGAUAUCGCUGAUUUCGACCGCCACGUGUUCAAGAACAUCCUAAAGGGCGGGGUCGGCGGGCCCAUGCUGAUCUACCCGCUGACGCGAAGCAUGUGGGAUACACGUACAUCUGUGGUGAUACCAAAGGACGAGAAUGACGAGAUCUUCUACAUAGUGGCAUUGCUCAGGUUCACUGCGUACCCAAAGGGCCCUUCAGUUGAAAAAAUGGUUGCCCAAAACCAUGAGAUUAUCAAGUGUUGCAUUAACAAGGGCUUUGAUUUCAAACUCUAUCUCCCUCACUACUCCUCACAGGAGGAAUGGAAGGCACAUUUUGGGAACCAAUGGACAAGAUUCGUUGAAAGAAAGGCGAGUUUUGAUCCAUUGGCCAUCCUUGCGCCCGGUCAAAAAAUAUUUUCAAGGAUCCAUCACCUCUAGGAGGAUUAUCAGUAGCCGUCUUAUCUUGAUUUGAUCAGAUCAUGAUCAGGUCCAUUAAUGUCAUUACCUUUGUAGGUAUUUGUGUUUUUCCUAUCUUCCAUCAUUGUAAAGAAAUAUUUUGCGCCAAAAAAAAAAAAAAAAAGGAGAAAAAUUUUGUUCCUUAAUGAUAUACCCUUUUCUUUAAAAC